AUGAAAGAGCCAGAAGAGCUGCUUUCAGAAUCAGGUGCUGUUUUCACAUUUGGAAAAAGCAAAUUUGCAGAAGAUAUUCCUAGCAAGUUCUGGUUCAAAAAUGACAAGCCUGUACUUAUAUCAUGUGGAGAUGAACACACCGCUAUUGUUACAGGGAAUGGUAAACUAUACAUGUUUGGCAGUAACAACUGGGGCCAAUUAGGACUAGGAUCAAAGAACACUGUCAGCAAACCAACAUGUGUUAAAGCUUUAAAACCAGAAAAAACAAAACUUGCUGUUUGUGGAAGAAACCACACUUUAGUUUACACAGAAAAAGGAAAUGUGUAUGCUGCUGGAGGUAACAGUGAAGGUCAGUUGGGAUUAGGUGACACAGAGGAAAGGACCACAUUUCAUUUAAUUAGUUUUUUUACCAACCAGCACAAGAUCAAACAGCUAGCAGCUGGAUCAUACACCUCAGCAGCAGUAACUGAGGAUGGGCAGCUUUUUGUGUGGGGUGACAAUUCGGAAGGUCAGAUUGGCUUGGCUGAUGAAGCCUGUGUCAGUGUCCCUUGUCAAGUGGAUGUUGGAAAACCUGUUUCCUCUGUAUCCUGUGGAUAUUAUCACUCUGCCUUGAUAACAGGAGAUGGUGAGCUCUAUACUUUUGGAGAACCUGAGAAUGGGAAACUGGGAUUAUUGCCUGAACAGCUGAAGAACAAUAGAGUCCCACAGCCUGUACUGGGAAUUAUGGAAAAGGUUAAUAAGGUUGCCUGUGGUGGAGAACACACAGUGGUGUUGACAGAGACGGAUGUAUAUACUUUUGGACUUGGACAAUAUGGGCAGCUGGGACAUGGUACUUUUAUUUUUGAAACUUCAGUACCAAAGUCUGUGAAACACUUGAGGAGGCAUAAAAUAUGUAACAUUACAUGUGGGGAAAAUCAUACUGCUGUAAUAGCAGAGAAUGGCCUCAUGUUUACUUUUGGAGAUGGACGACAUGGCAAGUUAGGCCUUGGAGAAGAGAAUUUUACAAAUCAGUUUGAUCCCACUCUGUGUUAUAAUUUCUUGAGGUUCACAGUCCUUUUGGUUGCUUGUGGUGGUUGUCACAUGCUAGUUUUUGCUGCUCCAAGACCUAAAGGAUCUGAAGAAGUACUCUUAGAAGAUUUAUAUGAAAGCCAUUUGACUGCUACUAUCUCUAAAAUGAGUGGAGACUCACUACUAACAAACACCUUACAACUAACAUCAGCACGAAUGCGACGUCGAGAGAGGGAAAAGUCACCAGAACAGUUUAUUCGAAUGGCACAAACUCUGCCUCCACUGGGAGAAAGCUCCUUAAAAUCCUCGCUGCCUGUGACUAGCAACACUAGCCCACUCUGUUUUUCUGCAACAAGUCUUCCUAAAGCUGUACCUGCGAAGGAAAAGAAUCAUCAAAAAGAUAAACCUGGUGAAGGCUCUGCAGAAGAAGAUUCUGAUAGUGAAAAUAAUGACAGAAACCUUGGAGAUACAACUGACAUCCUAAAUAUGACACAUGCAAUGAAAUUGAAUCCCAGUGACCAGUCCUUAAAAUUAUCACCACUCCAAAAACAAAAGAAGAACAAUAAAAAUGUGAAACUGAAAAGAGAUGGUAAGGGUGGGCUGAAAAACAAGGAUUCUGAUUUCAUGAAGGAGGCCUCAAAAUUAGACUCUGGCUCUUUACAAAAGCAGUCGUCACUUUCAGAGUCAUCGAGACAAGAUUUAGAAAAAAGUAGUGCCUUUGUAGGGAAGCCUGUGGCCAAAAAAAAUAAAAUGAAAGGUAAAUCUGAGCAUGCACAAAGGGUUAGUACUUUGAAAAGUGGUGUCCAACAGAUUCCUAGGGACAAAUGCAGAUUAGCGAAAAGGGAAAAAGAAUAUGUGGAAAAUCCUGAAUUUGUCAGAGAGGAUGUAACUUUUAAUGUUCCCACUGAAAAACAAAUUCUGAGUGAAAAAACAAAUUCUUCCAAUAAAAAGUCAAAAGCUGAUAAAUCUAAGCAAUCCCUUAAAAUAGAUGUACUUCCUUCUGCAUCCAGGGAUCGGCCCCAGACUGAUUCAUUAAUUGUACAAAAAUACAAUCCUGUUAAAAAGCAAGGAAGUCAAGAAGCAAUAGAAAGUCAAAACAAAAUGAAGGAUGUUGUUGAAAAAUCUGAUAAAUGUGAAAGAAUAUGCAUCAGAGGAGAAGAAAGUAGUGAAGAGCAGAGACGGUUUAAAAAAAAGGAUCAAUUUUUGAAACAAAUAGCUUUAAGUAUGUCAUCAUCUUCAACUGAAGAAAGUAGUAAUGAUCUUGCAAAAUACACACUUAAGAGUAGGGAAAAAAAAGAGGACUACUAUGAAGGCAGAGAGGUCCAGAAGGCAAUGAAAACAGUAGAAAAAGUGCAAGAGUUGGACUUAGAAAAAGAAGAUAGUGAGAUUGAGGAGAUGCAAGCUACAAACAAUGAGAAAGAAUAUGUAGAAGAGACUGAUAGAAAAAGCCUGAAUGAGGAAGAAACAAACUCCGAAGCUAAAUCUGAUGAAGUCAGGCAGUUAGAAAUUAAGAAUGAGGAGGAAUCUAAUAAAGAGCAGGAGAGUGAAGGCAGUGAAAAUGAAAAAGAAAAACUAGAUGAAACAGUUGACAGUGAAGGUGAACUAGGGGAGGAAGAAGAGAGUGAGGUUAAAAAAGAUAGAGGUGAAGUUUCAGUAGAAGGAGAUGAAGAGGAAAAAGAUAAUGAGGAAAAUGAAAAAGAGGAAUCACAGGAAGGAGAAGAUGAAAAGGAAAAUGAAGAAGAAGACAAAGAAAGGGAGAAUGAAAAAGACAAAGAGGGUGAAGAAGAGGAGUUAGAAGAAUCAUUGGCAGGGAGGGAAGAAGAGGUACCCGAAGAAGAACAGGAAGAGGAAGAUGCAAAUAGGAGGACUAAGGAGGUGGGGGAAGAUGGAGUGGAAGAAGGAGGAGAGGAGGAGGAUGAAGUGGAAGGUGAAAGAGAAGAUGAGGAGGAAGAGGAAGGAGCAGAGGCAGAAGCAGAAGGGGAGGAGGGGGAAGAAGAUGAAAAGAAGGAAGAAGAGUGGGACAAUGAAGAAGAGGGAUGGGAAAAUGAAGAAGAGGAAGGGGAAGAAGAAGAUGAAGAGGGAGAAGGGGUGGAAGAAGAUGAGGGAGUAGGGGAGGAAGAAGAGGGUGAAGAGGGAGUUGAAGAAGAUGGGGGAGAAGAGGGAGUGGAAGAGGAGGGAGAGGGAGAGGGAGAAGAGGGAGUUGAAGAAGAUGGGGGAGAAGAGGGAGCGGAAGAAGAAGAGGGAGAGGAGGAAAAAGAGGAAGAGGAGGAAGAGGGUGAGGAGGAAAAAGAGGAAGAGGAGGAAGAGGGAGAAGAGGAAGAGGGAGGGGAGGAGGAAGAAGGGGAAGGAGGAGAAGAAAAAGGGGAAGAAGGAGAGGAGGAACAAGAAGGGGAAGAGGGAGAGGGAGAAGAAGGAGAAGAGAAGGAAGGGGAUGUGGGAGAGGGGGAAGAAGAGGGAGAGGAGGAAGAAGGAGAGGAAGAGAAAAGCAAAACCAGGAAGUCAGAGAAGACGGGAAGUACUGCUUUACCAAACAGCUCUAAACAAAAACUGAAGUCUAAACAGCAUGUAGCAAACGGUUUACAUAAUUCAGAACAAUUUUGGAACAAUGUGCUACCUCAUUAUUUAACACUAAAGUAGCAUAGACUACUGGAGAUGCAUUUUAAGCCUAUUCAGGAAA